AAGUAAAUCACCUGGUGCUCCUGUCUCCCUGAAAUAAUAAGGAAAUUUGAAAUCACUGUGCUUAGAGAGGAGUGUGGUUCCUGGGAACAGAAUAAGUGCCAUGGAUACUGCCAAUCAGAACUUGCUUCCUUGUAACAUCUGUGGAAGACAUUUCACACAGGAUGCACUGGCAAGACAUGAGCCAAUAUGCAAAAAAAUCUUCAACAAGAAGCGCAAACCAUUCAAUUCCUUGAAACAGCGACUACAGGGAACAGAAAUUCCUACAGCAAAGAAGAAACAAACCCCAAAGAAUCAACCAGAGAAAAAAUCUAACUGGAGACAACAGCACGAGAACUUCAUUGCUGCAAUCAGAUCAGCCAAACUUGCCACUAUAGCCAUGAAAGAAGGCCGCCCUCUGCCUCCACCCCCACCUCCAGUCAUUAAUCCAGAUUAUAUCCAGUGCCCUUACUGUAUGAGGAGGUUUAAUGAGGCUGCAGCAGAAAGGCACAUCAAUUUCUGCAAAGAACAAGCAGCCAGGCGUGCCCUUGCUCCUGGCCAGAAAGCAGCCAAAGCAUCCCCCGGCAAACAAGCAACUCCGAAAAAAGAACCAACCUUAACAAGUGCCGUGGGAACACUGCUUCAGAACAGGGAACAAGAACAUGAUAUGGAAUCUCCUCCUGGAACAACACAGAAAAAACCCCUUCUUCCCUCUGGAAAGGAUUCAACUGGGAUUGCAGCACCCAGCAGAAGAUAGAACAACAUGCCAACUAGGCUUCCAAAAAGAAGCCUUUACUUUUUACAGCAACUAGAGGAGCCCAGCAAACUAGUUCACUAAAACAUUCAACAUCCC